GUCGGUGCCCACAGACAAUGAAUUAUCACCGCGUCUAUGGCAUCAUCCGUAAUUUCCACCAAUCCCAAGCCCAGUAAAUCCUAUCCUUCCGCCACGUCACCAAAGUAAAUCUCCCUAUAAAACCGCACCACCCCCUGAUUCUCCUCAUUCAAUCCACUCAAAUCCUUCAAACCCGUGUAACGGCAAAACGUUUACAAUGAAACGGCAAAUACUAACCCUCUCCCUCCUCUUCAUCGCUGUAACCGUCGCGGUGGUUGACGCGGCGCUCCUCGGAGGAUGGAGUCCGAUAAAGGACUUGAAAGACAAGCACGUGGUAGAGAUCGCGGAGUUCGCCGUUGCAGAGUAUAACAAGGAAGCUAAAUCAAAUUUGACGCUUGUGAGCAUCGUUAAAGGCGAAUCGCAGGUGGUAUCGGGUACGAAUUAUCGGCUUGUUUUGGCAGUGAAAGGAGGGGCUAGUGCGAAGUACCAGGCUGUUGUGUAUGAGAAACCUUGGGAGCAUUUGAAGAGUCUGACGUCGUUUCAACCUUUUAAAGGUUGAGAAAAUGUAAUGCUCUGAUGUAAUGUUCUAAUUUCAUUUUAUUUUUUUAGAAAUUUGGGAUGAUAAUAUAAUAAUAGAGACUUUGGGGGCUCUUUUAUAUA